CAGGGGACGGAGAAAAUGAGCAGCGGCAACGGCAACGGCAAGAGCAUGUUUUCGUGCAAGACAGCAAGUGAAACCCUAGAGUGGAUUAACGCAGUCAUAGAAUUCAUUGAGCCCUACAGAUUCUUGAUCGAUGCCCACGUCGUUAAUUUCUUCAAGGACGGCCUCUGGGAAGCAGUCCCCAAAGACUGGAUGGAUUGCCUUUCCAAGGAUCCCAUCCAAAAUCUCCUCAGUAUUCCCUCCGGUCUCGUUCACGAUCACUGGCCGGCUUCCCUCAAGGAAUUCGUGCUUACUUUAAAGUCUCUUUCUUUUCCUCGUCACCAAGCUAAUUUGUUCCAGGAAUUUCCUGGUCUGGAUAUGACUUCAUUGAAUAAUGUUCUAGCUCAAGGCAUGAAUCGUAAGAAAAAACAUGAAAUUGAAGCUGUUGCUGCAGUAGUUAGUUCAGUUGCAAGGAAUAUUGGAUCCACUAGAGUAGUUGAUGUUGGUGCUGGACAGGGUUAUCUGGCACAAGUACUUUCCUUCCAACACGGGCUUUCUGUGUAUGCAAUUGAUGCCUGUUUGCAUCACGGGAAAGUUACAGAUGCAAGAGCUGAGCGAGUUAGAAAGUAUUAUGCUUCUAAGAUGCGCAAAUCAGGAUUGGAAAGCAGAGAGUUGAGCAUCCCGAAGACAGUAACAUGCCAGGUGCUGUCUGCUAAUAUGCUGAAUAACUUGAGUAGCUCCUUUAUUCAGGGGGAACAUGCAAAGAAGCCAAAUGUAGUAAGCGAGAUUAUGUCUGAACAACGUGAAGGACCUCAUGAGAGUGAAUUGCCUUCUACCUCUGAUGUGUUUUGCAGCUCUUCGUUGAUCCUUGCUGGACUUCAUGCCUGUGGUGAUCUUUCAGUGACAAUGCUAAGGACAUUCUUGGAGUCCGACCAAGUUAAAUCUGUCAUUAGCAUUGGGUGUUGCUACAAUUUAUUGUCCGAGGAUGAUAGUGACAAAGCUUCUUCUGUCUGCGGGUUUCCAAUGAGCAAAGGUGUUAAAUUUACAGGCUUUGCACUGGGGAGAAGUGCGCGUGAUCUUGCUUGUCAGAGUGCAGAAAGGUGGAAGUGUUUGGGAGAAUUUGCUGGCCUUCAUAAUUUUGAGUUGCAUGCUUUUCGUGCUGCUUUCCAGAUGGUUCUUUCACAAUAUUAUCCAAAAUUGUUGAUGGAAAGUCCUUCCCUAGGGCGUCAAGGGAAAGCUUUACGCCGCCAACAGCACCAGAAGAUCCUGGAGUCUAAUUUGAGCUAUGAAGAGCCUAAAUUCUUCUCAGCUUCCUCAUCUACAAACAUCUCUAAGGAAGGAAGUCGGUUUGCCUUUGCUUGUAUAGAAAGCAGAGAUACUGAGAAAAAAGUUGCAGGUUCAUGCUGUGAUAUUGAUGGCCUUUCUUGUGAAUCUUUUGGUGAGAGUUCCAUGAAUGAAGAGACUAGUUCUUUUGACAGAUUCUCACUGUUUUUGGAAUUUUGCCACUCUGGACUAAACCGUCUUGGCCUCCAUUAUUUGUCGGACAAAGAACUUCACAAAGUGUGGGAGGAAACAGAACCAUUUUCUGUAUUAAUUGGACCUUACUGGUCUCUUCGUGCUGCUUUGGGACCCGUUCUGGAAACUAUUAUUCUGCUUGAUAGAUUGUUGUUCCUCCAGGAGCAAGGCAGUAUCGUAGAAGCAGUCAUGUUACCUAUAUUUGAUCCUGUAUUAUCUCCAAGGAACGUAGCUUUAAUCGCAAAGAAAAGGACGACACCUGUGUAGAUUGUAGGGAGUUAAACCACCAAUUAGUUCCUUGAAUCAUCCUGGGCUAGUAGUGUUAUAUAUAGC